CUCUCCAGACCUCAGGAGGACCCAUCACCCACCCAGAAAACCCAGACACAACCGGCCCGUGGAAAUUAUGUGUAACCUGCUCCUAUCAUGGACCUUCCUGCUGGUAGCCUCUGGCUCGCUAUUGGCCCAUCCCAUCACAGACUCUGCAGAGAUGCCCUACCUGGGUCCUGUAUCUCUGGAGGAUGGUGGUGCAGGUAGUCCAGACGAGCUGUCUUUCUCUGAGCAGACAUACCUGCCCCAGUCUGGCCCUGGACUCAGAUACUCAUCCCUACUGUCUGGAGAGCUGAGCAGAGAUGGUCUCAGUGCAGCUGGACUACUACCAAGACAGAUGAAGACAGAUGUGUUGCUGGAAAAACAGAGUCACCUAAGUCCCGUCAGUCGCUUCUUUGGCAUCAGGAAGCCAUUCAGAAAGAGAGGAGGCAACUCAGAGUGUUUCUGGAAGUACUGUGUCUAACACAGUCAACCGUCCUUAGAGAAAUGCAUUCCCACCGUACAUUAUGACAAAGAGAUGGGGCUUGUACUGAGACACAACCCCUCUAUUGCACAUGAAAAAGCAUACACAUACGCACAUUUGU